UAUUAAAAGUAUUGUCUGAUAAGAGUGCAUGUACUGCACUACAUUACAGUCAAUAAAUAUUAACAUAAUGAUAAGGAUUGAUAUUAUUUAUUUUCAUCAUGUCCAUAACACUUACUGUUUAGUGAGAUAUUACUUGCUCUGUGAGUGAGACUUGUAAUUCAAUUAAACAUUGCGGUACUAGGAAUAUGGAUCCAGUUAUAAUAGUUCAUGGUGGAGCUGGUGACAUACCAGAAAGUCGUGUUCAAGGAAAAUUAGAUGGAGUAAGAACUGCUGUAAUUGCUGGUAACAAAAUACUGCAAGAAGGUGGUUCUUCUCUCGAUGCAGUUGAAGCAGCUGUUGUUUCUAUGGAAAAGGAUGAAUAUUUCAAUGCUGGAUAUGGAUCAGUUUUAAAUUUACGCGGAGAAGUUGAAAUGGAAGCCAGUAUCAUGUGUGGUAAGAACUUGGAUGUUGGUGCUGUAACACUAGUGAAAGAUUUUGAACAUCCCAUCAGCAUUGCUCAUAAAGUUCUGACUGAUUCACCACAUUCGUUAAUUGGUGGAGAGGGGGCUAAGCUAUUUGCCUUGAGUAAGGGUUUUACACCUGUGCCUCCUGAAUCAUUAAUCAGUGAAAAUGCCAAGCAGGCACUAGAAGAAUUCAAAAAACAUGGUGAAUUUGGUAGAACUGAAAUUGGCAUAAAGGAGGGAGGUGUAGGCACAGUCGGAGCAGUGGCCAUAGACGCUGAUGGCAACAUAUCUGUAGCCACUAGUACAGGUGGCAUGAGUGGGAAAGCUGUCGGCCGUAUUGGUGACACACCACAAAUCGGCAGCGGCACCUAUGCAGACAACAAUAUUGGCGGAGUGUCAACUACUGGUCAUGGUGAAUCCAUUUUGAAAUAUUGUUUAGCUCACAGUAUCAUUAAACUAAUGGAAUCUGGAAUGGACGCUACUACAGCUACAAAAACAGCUGUCGAGGGUAUGACCAGUCGGUUAAAUAACACUGCAGGUGCAAUUACUCUUUCGAAAUUAGGGGACAUUGGUAUACAUUUUAGUUCCAGAAGAAUGGCAUGGGCGUAUAUAAAGAAUAACAAACUGAUGUAUGGAAUUAAUCCCAACCAAGUUCUUGAAGAUAAAUAAAAAACACUUUUUUACUACUA